AUGGCGCAGGCGCUCCCCGAGGCAGACUUUGUAACGGCCCAGGUUGACGGGAUGCUGGAGGAGGGCCUGCAAGAAGUAGACGCGUCGGAGAACCUCAUCUUGGAUAACGCCGCCCAGACAGAAGUGUCCCUAUGGCUCGAGAUGACACGAUGGCCUCGGUACCUCCGAGGUUACAGCCUUGACCGGAUUGUCGAGGAAGCGCACAAGUCCGUAUGUGACGAUAAAGUGAACGUGUUUGACCAGGCGCGGAUCAACAGCUUCAUCCAGCGCAGAAGAGCUUGGGACCGGCCAUUGAUGAUCAAGCUUAAGAAGUCGACGUACCGAGGCUACAAGCUGGUUUGGCAACGGCUGAUCUGCUUCGCGUUCCGCACCGUUCAGCCAGCGCAGCGUGUUACCCUAUCGCACCAGUUGACUACCGCGCAGCUCACCCACCUCGACCAGAUGAUAGGGUAUGGAGAGGAGCUGCUAGCCUUGAAGAAUGAGGAGAAGCAAGAGGCGGAGAAGCAUUGGGAGGGCCGGGAUAUGCUUCGUAAGGAGAUCCAGUCCCAGCUAGACCGUGCAUGCCUCUUGUUCUGCAUCUCGCUGCUGGACCACACCCUAAAAGGUGAUCUCUUCGAGAGCGUCAUUGUCGGGUUUCUAGCCGUGCUGGGGGUGGAUCCGGAGAAGAAGAUCUUUAGGGAUGCAUACUCAUACACGGGAUACCUGUCGGCCUUCGUCAAGAUAGCAUAG